ACAGGACAUGUGUUUGGUUUCGAAGUUUGAAACGGAUUAAUGGGAAUUCUUUUACUCUAAAAUGAUUAAAAAUGCUGUGAUCAACAUUACUUGCAUAGCUAUAUUAUCGGAAGUAAUAUACCAAUUCUAUAGAAGAGUUUUGGUAAAAUAUUCGAAACGUGUGCCUGAAAAUAGUUUGACGCACGCGCUCAUACAAUGUUAUAACAAAGAUGAAAGUAGUUCUUUUGUUUUUCACAAAGUUCUUUUUUUUCCAGAUCCUGGUAUCACCUGUAGAAGAACAGCAUGUGGUCGAAUUUGUAGAGAUCAGAACUGCGCUGCUGUACAUAAAGAAACAUCUUUAAGUGUUCUAAUAAAUGUUUUAAAACUUUCUAAGCAGACUGUUGACGUAUGCGUGUAUAUGAUUACUUGCAGCAUAUUAGCAGAAGCGUUAGUAGAUUGUCAGAAAAGAGGAUUAAUGUUAAGGGUUAUAACGGAAGAGAGGAAUAGUGGUGAAGAAGGUGAAGUAUUUGGCUCCCAAAUAGGAAAAUUAAGAAGUUCCGGUAUAUCUGUCAGAUGCAGAUCAUCAUCAUUUUGGAUGCAUCAUAAAUUUCUUAUUGCAGAUAAUGAAAUUUUAGUUAAUGGAUCUUUUAACUGGACUAAUCAAGCUGUUAUGGGAAAUUAUGAAAACUUGAUUAUUACUAGUGAACAACAUCUUGUACAGCCAUUUGUAUCAGAAUUUCAGAGACUGUGGGAUGUUCUAGCACCAGAAGAAUUUGUAGCUGGAAAUGCUCUGACAUGAUAAAACAUUCAUAACUUUUUUAAUCUGCUUAAAAUUCUGAAUAUGAGAAUUUCAAAAAUUUGUAUGUAACAUAUUUUGUACAUUAUUUAAUAAAUUUUCAUUUUAUUGUU